CUCCCGGUACUCCCUCCCCAUUGAAGGUGCGACUGAGGAACAGGUGCGUGAAAGAGUCACAGAGACACUUUAUAACUUGAAAUAUCAUCGUUGUCUGCUAAUUUACUCUCAGAAAGCCAAGGAAUAAGAGAUAAUAACAGAAGAACUUACUUUGUGGGCAACAAAUCAAACUUAAUUAAAAACCCAGCUAAGUUUAAGGAGUGCGGGAUUUGUAGCUUCAGAGCAGGUGGACGUCGCCUUUGUUGAUUUUGAGGUCACAUCGUUGAAGAAAGUGGAAAUGGCCAACUCCGGUUUGCAGAUUUUGGGGUUCGUCCUGGCGCUUCUGGGGUCAGUUGGAUUGAUAAUUGGCACCAUUUUGCCCCAGUGGAAGAUGUCCGCUUAUGUUGGGGACAACAUCAUCACAGCGGUGGCCAUGUACGAAGGACUGUGGAUGGCCUGUGCCUUCCAGAGCACAGGCCAAAUCCAGUGCAAGGUCUACGACUCAAUCCUGCAGCUCAACAGUGCUCUCCAGGCCACCCGUGCCCUCAUGAUUGUGAGCAUUAUCGUAUCGCUGGCCGGUCUGGGUGUAGCCUGCAUGGGAAUGAAGUGCACCAACUGUGGAGGAGAUGACAAAACACGCAAGUCCCGCAUUGCCAUGACUAGUGGCAUUAUCAUUCUGAUCGGAGCUUUGUGUGCCAUUAUUGCCUGCUCUUGGUAUGCUCAUGACAUCAUCCAAGCCUUCUACAACCCCUUCACCCCUAGCAAUAGCAGGUAUGAGUUCGGGUCUGCCAUCUUCAUCGCCUGGGCCGGAUCAUUCCUGGUUGUAGUCGGAGGUGGGAUGCUUGCAGCAUCCUGCCCGAAAAGCAAACCCACACCAAAGUAUCCCAUCUCCAGACCCCCCAGCAGCAAGGAAUACGUUUGAACGGGACAAGACUGUGUUAGAGGAUGAAGGAACACUUUGACAUUCAUGUUAGUCCAGCUCAGAGAUUGAAACUUUGAAAAGAUGUACCCCAGGAGGUGAUCAGUACCUGUCUGUCUUUUUUAUAUGUAUUUUAGUUUCUUCAGGUCUACCCUGUGAUGUUACUGUAAUAUUAUUUUAACAAAUGCAUUAAAGUUUUAAAUAAUGGCUGUUUACUUCAUAAGAGAGCAAAUUGGCCUUGUCCUGUCCAAAACCACAAUCAGUGCUUAGAUUUGUAUGCUGUGUAGUAUAGUAUCCACUUAGUAGACACCUGUAAAGCACUGAAGUUUGAAUUAAGGUGAAAACACCCAUGAUAUUGUACAACUUAGUAUGUAGAAAAUAUUUUUCACUUGCUGCAUACUACAAUGUACAGUGCAUUAGAAUGUACAGUGUGUUUGGGACAACUGUUUGAAUGCACUGAAUAGAAAUCAGAUCUGCGAAUGGACAACUCUUCAGUCAUUUAUUACUCUUGAUGAUGGAAGUAAUAGUUCAUCUGGCACCUGUAAAGCAAUUUGCUACCAUUAUGUCAAUGUAUUUGUGCCUUAUUUAUAUGAACAAGACAAGUUAUUCAGUACUGCUGUAGACUAUUUUUGCUUUAAUCAAGUGCCAGAGUGAAAUGGUAACUAUAUAAAUUACAAUAUGCCAAUGUUUUUACUGUUUUACAGUGUGACGGAUGUGGUGAACUAUUUGUCGACUUGGUCUUUGUGAAUGGGCUUGGCUUAUGCUGUUUUUCAGUCAUAACAGCUGUUGCUGCACUCAUCAGUUUCUGUUUUUUAAAACUUAAAUUGUGAUUUGCAUUUAUGUUGUACAUAAAAUAAAAGUGAAAAAUGUAUUGUU